AUGGGACACUUCGCAUUCCUCACGGGAGUUGUUGCAUUGGCUUGCGGACACUUGGCUCGAAGCGCUAUCGUUUCGAAUGGAAGCCUCUCAGCGAUAGCAGAAGCCAUUGAGGAGCGCACGUUCUUGGAGCCAAUCGCUGCGUCAUUCUUCGCGGACCACAGCAGCACUCAAGUCAGGAUUAGUAAACGAAGUCUGACAAUACGAGACUCAGCAACCAACCUCACCGGGAACGUGGCUCUGCAGAGUGCAGGCAGUAUGUACUAUGCUGCUAGGGACUUCCGACGAGGCUUCGGCCAGCAAUAUGCCAGGUUUGAUGUGAAAGGAGACGGCAAGAAGAAAGUCCUGCAAACGGAAGAAUUUAGAGACGUGAUUGGAGAAGUUGUAUGCCACGAUGGCAAGAUUGGCCUCAGCUUUACGCAGGACAUUGACUUCCAACAAAUCAAGCACGAAUGGCAGUGGACUAACGAGGAUGACGGUCAUGCUGUUAUUCUUGUUACAGAAACCUAUGACUGUGAUCGUAACAGAACGGACGGUACGACACGGCAACCCUGGCUCGUGAGUGAAAUCGCUUUUGACGAUGGACAAUAUCAUGUCGAGCUCUUGGCAGAAGCAGUGAGCUUCCAGGAAGCAUUCGGCCUGGCCUGGCAUGUAAGCAUCGCACGCGACACAGUGUCCAUACCACACAUCACUCGCGAUACACAUCCCGGUCAGAUCUCACUCAAUUCGAACUUUUCUGGCAUGAACAUGAACCUGCCACCAUCUUUAGCCUUGAACCCGAUCUCAGCAAACGCCAAGCCAAUUGGCAUGGUCUCGUGCGAUCCUUGCUAUACGGCAGGUGAGUUUGAUUUCCGGAUCGACAUUGAUGGACUCAGCGGGGGAAAACUCCGUGUCACGACUCGUGACAUUGAAGCAAGUAUUACACUACGACUGGAUAUAUAUCAAGCUCUUGCGGCAAAGACGUCGAAUGACCACGAAAUAUGGGGUUUCGUGCCACCUGGCGCAGGUAUCUACAUCAAGAACAUCCUCGACAUUGGGCCAACUUUCAAGUUCCUUGUGUCCACGAGCUUCACUACACCAGUCGAUGGAGAGCUUGCGUUGGCUCUUGGUUACAAGUUCACAAUGGCAGGACUGAUGGACUUUGUCUGGGACACGGACAACCCGACAGGGAAGCUGACUGGAUUCAAUCCCGAAUUCGAGACGCUGGCCCCUGGAAUAUCAAAGGAUGUCGAGCUUGUGGCUCGCAUUGGACCCAAACUCGAGCUGAGCCUUGACUGGCUUGUUUUGGAUCAGGGUGGCAAAGUGGGCCUCACCUUUGCCGCCGGGACAUUGUCAAUGAACGCGUCCACCGACAACAGAACAGUCCCCUGUGAUGGCAAAGGGACUAAUGCCAUCCCCUUGACGCAAGCACAGGAUUCCGACAAUGACACGCUGCGAGGCGUCAACUUGGAUCUGAACCUCGAUCAAGAGAUUCUCGCCUUUCAAUCCUUACACCUCCCCGGCAAGAAAGCCUCACACACCCAAACACUUGCUUCCACCAGCUACGAUGUUUUCUCGGCCUGCAUUCCCAUCACCGGUGCCGCCCUCCUGACGCCCCGUAUUGCUACCGCGAGCGUCCACAGCUACACACCUCACAUCGGCGACUUGACGGACUGGAUCCAACCCGCGAAAUUGGUUGCUCAAGAGGUCGCACAGGCCUUCACUGCGCUCGGAGGUGCCGCCGUGGAAUCUCUCACAGCAGUCGUCCUGCCUCAAGUCACUGCUGCUGUGGCAACUCUGACUUCAGAGGUGGUGGCGUCGGUUGUGACUGUGGCAGCAGCUGCUGCUGAGCCUGCUCGAGAAAUGACUUCGGAAGUGGGAAAUGUGGCGCAUGAAAUUUCACAUGGAUUUUGUGGGAUUUGGGGAUGUUAG